AGAGGAGAGAGGCAGACGGGAGGGACAUCUUUUCUCUUCACUCAGGAUAAGUCUGUAAGGAUGGAAAUGGAUAUCAACGGAGGGUCAAGAGCACACGUCUCCAUUGUUCCUGCAGCUGAAAUCAAAGCCACAUUAAAACCUGACAGAGAGAGACCUCGAUGUUCCAGCACCCCCUGUUCCCCCAUCAGAGGCACUGUCGCAGGGUACCAGAUCCUCCACAUGGAUUCCAAUUACCUGGUGGGCUUCACCACUGGGGAGGAACUGCUAAAGCUGGCCCACAGGUGGUCAGAAGGCCCUCCAGAGAAGGGUUCUGUCUCAGAAACGGUGUCCAACUCCAUCCAGAGCAGUGUCCCAAAGGCUGGAGAAUCUGUUCUCCACAAGUCUCCACGAAUCUGCAAAGGAAAAAGUCGUUACUACCAACCCUACGAAAUUCCUGCUGCCAAUGGGCGGAGGCGGAGGCGUAUGCCCAGCUCCAGUGACCCAAUCCUCAGGUCCCUGGCCCAGGGGGAAGCUGGGAGGGGUCUACAUGCUUCACUACCACUCUGUCUGCUUAAAGGGAAGAGGGCCCAGUCCAAGUCUCUGGACUACCUAAAUCUGGACAAAACAAGAAUAAGAGAGUCGUCGGACACGGAGGUGUUGCAGUACCAACUGCAGCACCUCACCCUGCGAGGGGAGCGCGUGUUCACCAGGAACCUGACAUGAGAUCACUGGAAGGUCCUUACAGGUGUCUUCUAUCCUUUUGGGGAUUUAGGUGCUAUUUCAAGCUUGGUUUCUUUCUACUCAGAGAAUAAAAUGUUCUUCAAGAGGCAAUCUGUUAAUCUGGUUAUUUUAUGGACUUUGGGUUUACCUUGUAUUGUACACAUGGCGUUGUGAAGGAAAUCUCUCCUCACAUUGUAAUAAGGUUGUUGAAGUAAAAAAUGUGAAUUACAGUAUAUAAAAUGAGCAAUAAUUUUUAAAGCUACUUAUUAGCAGUGCUGUUUGUUUGUACUGCUCAGAAACACACAGAGUUAGAGCUGAUGAAGCCAUGGGAUGAACUGUCCUGAGAGUCGAGGCCUGCAGGCAGGCCUCCACUCUCAGGACAGUUCCGGUGUAGGCUCCACUCUCAGGACACCUCCACUCUCAGUACAGGAAGUGACGAUUCUGACGAACAAGUUUUUUUCCUCGCCCCCCGAAGGACUCGUCUGAUUGAAGUUUUCAAAUCACAAUGGAGACUCAUCACGGAGGUGAUGAGUCCGCUCACCAUGCAGUUUGGGUCGGCCUUGGUCAAGCCCUUUUGACCCCCCCAGCCUGGUUCUCGUAAAAGUUGACUUAGUCAUUUUUCGCUCAAAUGACACCAUGGAGGAAUGUAACGGGAGUUGACAGGGGACUCUGCCCGCCUCACGAGUGCCUAUUUUCGGACACUUUUUUUAACUUUUCCCCCUAUUUUCCCCGGUUCUAUUCAUUUUAAUAGGGUGGGUGUCCCCCCACGGCCUGUGUCCAGCUGUUUCCCCCCCCCACUCAUCCAUAUAUUAACGGAUUUUGACCAUUUUCGUUGCAUUUUUCUCUUCUCCUCUCGUGAAAAACGUGUUCGUCAGAAUCGUCACUUCCAGUACUGAGAGUGGAGGUGUCCUGAGAGUGGAGCCUACACCGGAACUGUCCUGAGAGUGGAGGCCUGCAGGCAGACCCCUCGCGAUGAAGCACAUAUGCAGGGGUGCCCACACUUUUUCAGCUUGGGAGCUACUUUUAAAAUGACCAAGCCCAAAUGAU